GCCGCACAGCGCUGUCGGUCCCGGCGGAGGCAUGAGGCGCGCGGGGCGGGCAGAGCGCGGGUCGGCGCGGCCCUGAGCGAAGACCUCCUCGCCGCGCUCCCGCAGAGCGACUAUGGCCGGGGGAAGGCGAGGGCUGGUGGCGCCUCAGAACACGUUUCUGGAGAACAUCGUACGAAGAUCUAACGAUACUAAUUUUGUCUUGGGUAAUGCCCAGAUAGUGGAUUGGCCCAUUGUCUACAGCAAUGAUGGAUUUUGCAAGUUAUCAGGAUAUCACAGAGCAGAAGUUAUGCAAAAAAGCAGCACCUGCAGUUUUAUGUACGGAGAGCUGACAGACAAAGAGACAAUUGACAAGGUCCGGCAGACCUUUGAGAACUAUGAGAUGAACUCCUUUGAAAUCUUGAUGUACAAGAAGAACAGAACACCUGUCUGGUUCUUUGUGAAAAUUGCUCCAAUUCGAAACGAGCAGGAUAAAGUGGUUUUGUUUCUUUGCACUUUCAAUGACAUAACAGCUUUCAAGCAGCCCAUUGAGGACGACUCAUGUAAAGGCUGGGGAAAGUUUGCUCGCUUGACCCGUGCCCUCACUAGCAGCCGAGGUGUACUGCAGCAGCUUGCUCCCAGCGUGCAGAAAGGAGAGAAUGUUCACAAGCACUCAAGACUUGCUGAGGUCCUGCAGCUGGGCUCUGAAAUUCUCCCCCAGUACAAGCAAGAGGCACCAAAGACUCCCCCACACAUCAUUUUGCAUUACUGUGUUUUCAAGACCACCUGGGACUGGAUCAUCCUGAUUUUAACUUUCUACACUGCUAUUUUGGUCCCUUACAAUGUCUCCUUUAAGACCAAACAGAACAAUGUGGCGUGGCUGGUAGUGGACAGCAUUGUCGAUGUCAUUUUUCUGGUGGACAUAGUGCUCAAUUUCCACACCACCUUUGUGGGGCCAGCAGGAGAGGUCAUUUCUGAUCCCAAGCUGAUUCGCAUGAAUUACCUGAAGACGUGGUUUGUGAUUGAUCUGCUCUCCUGCUUGCCCUAUGAUGUCAUCAAUGCCUUCGAGAACGUCGAUGAGGGCAUCAGUAGCCUCUUCAGUUCACUCAAAGUGGUCAGGCUUCUUCGGCUGGGUCGUGUAGCUCGGAAGUUGGACCACUACAUUGAAUAUGGAGCGGCAGUCUUGGUGCUGCUGGUGUGUGUGUUUGGUCUGGCAGCGCACUGGCUGGCCUGCAUUUGGUACAGCAUAGGAGACUAUGAAGUUAUCGAUGAGGAUACAAACACAAUCCGAACUGAGAGCUGGCUCUAUCAGCUGGGGAUGUCGAUAGGAACUCCGUACCGCUUUAACACAUCAGGCUUUGGAAAAUGGGAAGGUGGACCAAGCAAAGAUUCAGUCUACAUCUCCUCCUUGUAUUUCACAAUGACUAGCCUCACCAGUGUGGGAUUUGGGAACAUUGCUCCGACUACAGAUGGAGAGAAGAUCUUUGCUGUUGCUAUGAUGAUGAUUGGCUCCCUUCUGUAUGCAACCAUUUUUGGCAAUGUGACCACCAUAUUCCAGCAGAUGUAUGCGAACACAAACAGGUACCAUGAAAUGCUGAACAGCGUCCGGGACUUCCUGAAGCUCUACCAGGUCCCGAAAGGACUGAGUGAACGUGUGAUGGAUUACAUUGUUUCCACCUGGUCAAUGUCCAGAGGAAUAGAUACUGAAAAGGUUUUGCAGAUCUGCCCUAAGGACAUGAGAGCAGAUAUCUGUGUGCAUCUGAACCGCAAAGUGUUCAAGGAGCACCCAGCCUUCAGGCUGGCGAGCGACGGGUGCCUCCGAGCGCUCGCCAUGGAGUUCCAGACAGUGCACUGUGCUCCCGGAGACCUGAUCUACCACGCUGGCGAGAGCGUCGACAGCCUCUGCUUCGUGGUUUCGGGCUCUUUGGAAGUAAUACAGGAUGAUGAAGUCGUUGCUAUAUUGGGCAAAGGAGACGUUUUUGGGGAUGUGUUCUGGAAGGAGUCUACCCUCGCCCAGUCCUGCGCAAACGUUAGGGCUUUGACUUACUGUGAUCUUCACGUCAUUAAGAGAGAUGCCUUGCAGAAAGUGCUGGAGUUCUAUACAGCCUUUUCACACUCUUUCUCCAGAAACCUCAUUUUGACCUACAACCUGAGGAAAAGGAUCGUGUUCCGGAAAAUCAGCGACGUCAAACGUGAAGAAGAGGAGAGAAUGAAGAGGAAGAACGAAGCGCCGCUGAUCUUACCCCCGGACCACCCGGUGCGCCGGCUGUUCCAGCGGUUCCGGCAGCAGAAGGAAGCGCGGCUGGCAGCGGAGAGGGGCAGAGACCCAGAUGAGCUGGACGUGGAGAAGGGCGAUGCUUCGGGGGAGCACUCCUCCGCCCGCGCGGUGGUCAAAGCCAGCGUUGUGACUGUACGGGAGAGUCCGGCAACCCCUGUGCCAUACCAGUCUGCUUCCACAUCAGGGGCAUCCGACCAGGCGAAGCUGCAGGCCCCCACGUCAGACCACACAGGGUGUAAGGUGUCGGGGGAAUACCCUCGGCGAAAAGGCUGGGCCAAAUUCAAAGAUGCCUGCGGGAAAGGUGAAGACUGGAACAAGGUCUCUAAAGCAGAGUCCAUGGAGACUUUACCAGAGAGAACUAAAGUUUCAGGAGAAGCUACCCUGAAGAAGACGGACUCUUGUGACAGUGGCAUCACAAAAAGUGACUUGCGCUUGGAUAACGCUGGGGAGACAAGAAGCCCACAGGACCACAGCCCAGUGCUCCCUGAAGUCAAGCAUUCCUUUUAUCCCAUCCCAGAACAGACUCUUCAGGCCACCAUGCUGGAAGUAAAACAUGAGUUGAAAGAGGACAUCAAGGCUUUAAACACCAAAAUGACCAAUAUAGAAAAACAACUCGCUGAGAUACUUAGGAUAUUGACCUCAAGAAGAAGCUCACAGUCACCACAGGAGUUGUUUGAAAUAUCAAGGCCCCAGUCUCCAGAAUCAGAAAAAGACAUGUUUGGAGCUAGCUGAGGUGUUUCUUUGAAAAAGCAAAAACAGACAAACAAAUAAACCAACAAAGAAAGAAACAACCCCCCCUAAUAUUUUAGAUUUAAUCUUCUUGCAAAUGAGUGAGGGGCCAGGUCAGUAAGCAUGUGCCCUGUGUCUAAAAAGGUACGGUCACAAGAAUUGCAGCCUCCUGUCAAGAUGGCAGCUGACUCUGAAGCCUUUUUGACAAGCAAGGUGCUGCCCUGAGUCCCAGCGAGCACCCUGUUUAGCAGCUUCGAAGGUGAUGUUCUGUUUCUGCAGUACUUCCCUUUAAUGAACCGAACAAGAUCUUUUCCUGUGAAUCCCUGGUGAUAGAUUUCCAAUCACUCCUAACUGCUCUGUGAAAGAAUUUAAUACAUAAUUUGUCUUUACUAGAUAAACAGAGGUGUGUAUGAUUACGCUUGUGCAGAUGUGUCUA